AUGCCAUGCCAGAUCCGAUACACACAACAGGUGAUGUUUCGAAUACGCUCAGGUUUUCCUCUGGCGCGCGGCGGCUACCAAGCGAGAUGGCGGAGCGAGGGCCAACGUCGACAUCAAGGGCCUAAGCUCACAGACGAGGAGCCUCUCCUAUACCCAGACUCGCCAUCGACUCACCAUUCAGAUCUUGCCACCUUUCUUGCUCAUGCGAAGCGUAGCGGGCUGAACGAAAAGUCGACGGUCUACGUUGGCACCCACUACGAAUACACGGUCGCGGCCGCCGUGUCCAAGUACGGCUUCGCCCUCAGGCGCGUAGGCGGCGCAUCCGACCACGGAACGGACCUCAUCGGCACCUGGGCGCUGCCCACGCUGUCACGGCCGUGGAGGACGCUGGUCCAGUGCAAAGGCGGUGCUGCGCAAAAGGUUGGCCCUCAGCAUGUCCGUGAGCUCGAAGGCGCCUUCGUGGGGGCUCCCGUGGGAUGGCGAGGCCAUGGCGUCUUGGGCAUGCUCGUGAGCGAGAGGGCGGCGACGAAAGGUGUGCGAGAUUCGCUCGGGAGGAGCCGGUGGCCGAUGGCGUACGUUUGCUGCUCCAAGGGCGGCACGGUGAAGCAGAUGCUGUGGAAUCAACAAGCCGAGGACGGGGGGCUUGCGGGCUAUGCCGUUGCGCCUAAAUAUGCCGCCGAUGGCAAGGAACCGGAGCUUGUGCUCCUGCACAAUGGGAACAUCGUGCCGCCCAAACAAGCGACAUGA